GUUAUAAUAUUGAAGAUGGACUCUAUUGCGAAGAUUAUUUGCGCUGAAAACUUGCCAGAUGAGUUCCUUAGUGAAGAUGUCUCAUCUUGUGAGGUACCAAGCUCAGAGAAAAUACUUUUAAAUAUGAAUCAAAAGUCUUUGAGCAAUAAAAAGAAAGUUCAUAUGAAAAUGUUCAACUUUGAUCCCCUUGAGACUCAACCAAACCUUAAAAAUAGGAGUACCUUCUCCUCUUCGAAGAAGCCUAGUAAGUUCAAAACUAAGCCAGAUUGUCAAGAAAGGCAUUUUGGCACAGUAUGAAAAAAUUUUGAUUCUACUUCAAACCUACCCGAGAACAAACCCAAAAAAUCUUUAAAACAAGAAAUUAGAGAACUUCUCAAGGUAGCUGCCAAAAUAAGAAACAGUAAAAAUCUCAAAAACACAUCCAAUUAUGAAGAAUUCAUAGAGCCACUGGAGACUCGAAGAGUUCAGACCCAUAUAGAAAAUGUGACAAUGAGAGAUGUGAGGCCAUCUCCACAAUAAGUAUAUUAACUGAGAUCUUUUUAUAAAUAUUCAUGUAAACCU